AUCCACCGCUCAUCCAUUCCAUCGCAUUCAUAUCCCGAGGGCAUGCUCACAGCGUGAACUCGCUGCUCAUAUCUUACGCUCUCCAUUCUCCUUCGCCAGCAGUUCGCCCAUGGCAGACAACCAGGACCAGAUGCAACACACGCCCUAUCACUUCGUCCUCGACGGCACCGGUAUCCCUGUGGACAGCAUCGACAACAGCCCACACGGUCAUCCAGACCAGAUCCAGAGCAACGGCCAAGGACACGAUCAAAAUCAAGCGCAGAUGUCGCCGCUGAACAGCGCCAACGCCAGCGCGACCCAUCCUAAUCUCAUGUACCAUCCCUAUGCUCAUCCGCACCAUCCGUCCUUCGCGUCUACGAUGCACCAGGGCUCACCAAACGCGCAUAUGGGCGAGCCUCGCCAGCUCACGCUCGAUCCCGCACAUCUUCGCACGUCAUCCGUCGGGCCUAGUCGCGUUAUAACGCGUCGUCAAGCUCGUAUGGCUGCAGCGCAUUCAAACACGUCUCAGGAUGUUCAUGCUCAGCAGCGAUUCGACGAGAAUUUCGCAUUAUUUAGCAGCAGCGCCAAUUCUGCGGGCGCGCAGACGCCGAGCGCUUUUCAAGUAACCCCGCAGCUCACAGAGCCUAGCAUUGGUCUACCCGAUCUCCAGAUCAGUCAAAUCACGAUACCGAAUGCUUCUGCUUUGUCCCCUCAGCAUCCGAGUACACCUACAUCCGUCACCUCGUCCAACUUUUCCCAUUACGGCUUUCCUCAACACGCAGCUAAUGGGCACUCACGCUCGGCGAGUAGCUCAACAAACCAGCGAUCCACGUCGCCAGCUGCGAGCGUCGUGUCCGCGGCGACAUCGCUUUCGUCGGGAUCAAACCCAGCGUCGGGUUGUUCCCGCCCUCCCGUGUCAUCGAGCUCCACACGUCGCGUGUCCGUCUCUUCGUAUAGUGGUAUUACCGAUACUGUCACGUCAAAGCCGAAGCGGCGCUUGCAGAACCGACAACGUAAGGAGAUCUGCCAGUAUUAUCUCGAGCACCCGAAUUCGCGUCAGGAAGACAUCGCUGCACGUUGGGGCGUUGAGCGGUCCACCGUCAGCAAAAUUCUGAAGCGCAAGAACUACUGGAUGGCUUGCAAGGACGGUGAUGAGAAUAACCUAGCAAAACACCGGCCUCCAAAGUUCGGAGCCAUCGAGGCAAAGAUGGAGUCAUGGCUGGCCGAAUGCCGCGAUUCUGGCACACCUAUAUCCGAUGCAAUGAUACGCGUCAAAGCUCGUGAAAUUGCUCGUAGCGUCCAUAUCUCCGAGGACAAGUUCAAGGCGUCCGCUGGGUGGAUCGAAAACUUCAAGCACAGGCUGAACAUCAAGAAGGGCCAGUGGCUCGGUCUUCCUGAUCCCGGUUCUUAUACUCCUGACGACACGGACGACGAGCGUCCACUUCUAGCGGAUAAGUUUGAAGAAUUCAGACGGAAAAUGAUGCUCCAGAAUGUCGAUGAGCAGCUGCGUCUCUCUGGAGCUCUUGGGGCCGAUAUCGCAGGUCCGGGCAUGGAUCUAGGUAACCAGUCCACAACGCUUGACGGUGCUAGAGUGUGGGGCCCAACUCUAGGAUUUUCCUUCGGCAACGAUGCAACCCCGAACGCAUCGAACAUCGACGGUCAUAUCAACGGAAUGGCCAACAAUGCUAACCGCAAUGCUCAGGACCCGCGUACGCCGCUCAGUUGCCAGACAUCUACACCCUUCACGCCCGGGGGCAACCUUCUCCAGCACCAUGUCGCUGCUACCCAGUCACCGUGGCUCUCAAACAGUGGAUCGUCUGUCACAAGCUUCAUGAGUGGCACACCGAAUGUUAGUACGCAGGAAGCGAAUUCCGCGAUGGAGACUUUGUUGCGCUUCCUCCAGAUGCAGCCUCCCGAGUUACUGAGCGAGCAGAUAAAGAAUACCGUCAUGGACAUCAAGCACAUUAUCUGGGCAAGCGGUCGCACAGCGACGACGGCGACUACCGCAGUAAGUUCUACACCUCCCAACGGUUCUCCAGUCGUUGCUGGAGGUGAUGGAACCACCAACCCUGGCACGGGCACUGCAGUUUCAGGGCUCGUCCCUGGUGCUGGUGAACCAGUCCCAUCAGCUGCAUCAUGACGGUUGGCGUAAAACGAGUUAAACGGUGCUCUCUUAUGCAAGGACGAGCACUCGAGCGUCGCUGCAUCUCUUUCUCCUUUCUUCUGAUCGCAAGGGCUGAUGGUUACGCUUCUUGGACCCUUACACUCAUGUCUCCUGCAUGUUUCUUAUUUCAUUUCAGGUUUGUUACCACAAUGCGUCUCAUCAUUUUCAUCGCUGUUUCUGUUCUCUCAAUCAAUCAUCUCUUUUCUGCGAGUUCCUUCGCCAUCUAUGUCUUUCCAUUAUCAUCAUGCAUACAUCUUCUCUUUCCUCUCGAUUGCAAUUCUAUUGUCAUAUAGCAAGUUACGCUACGCUGUCUAUUUACUGCUUACGUCUCAUUUUUGCUUCUCUUCCAAUCGUCUUGUUCUUUCUUUCUCACACCGCUUCACUGUGUUCUGCUGUGCAUUCUUUGUUGCAUUUAUGCUUACAAUCAUCUUUUUUUCCCUUUCUCUCUUCAAUCAUAUGCUUUGUUCAUACUCAAGCGUCUUGUACAAUAUACAGGCUUUUAUCAAUCCCAUAUCCUCAUAACCCAUAUCCUCAUAUCCC